AUGAACAUCUCGAUCGGUACCCCUGGGCAAGUGCAGACAAUGGCCAUCGAUACUGGAAGCAGUAACACUAUUGUUCUCGGUUCAAAUGCGUCGUUCUGCGAGACUUCCGUCUGUGCUGGUGGUACUCUGAACUUAUCCGCAGCGUCGACAUUGGAAACCAUCGAUUCCGGAGCUCUUCAGCAGUCUUACGUCGAUCAUGAGUACUUCGAAGGGGACUAUUUUGGAGACCGGGUCCAGAUGAGUAUGUGUAAAGCCUUGACGUUCGAGAUUGCUAGUCAGCAGCCGGUACCCUGCGGUCUUGGUUACUCGAGUCACAUGGCUUGGCCGGGCACUAAAAGCAAGAAGGUGGCCUUGCCUCCGAGCUUCGUGGAAGCUCUUGUCCAAGCCGGUGCUAUCUCUUCACGCCUCUACAGUUCCAUAUUAUUCGGCGGCGUUGAUACCGCCAAGUACCGUGGUCCGCUAACCACACUCAACGUGGUGGCUGAGGACGAGAAACCUGCCGGCAACUUCUACUUGUAUCUGGAAUCAGUUACAAUGCGGCCUCAUGGUGGGCAGAAUCGUACUAUUGUCCGCUCCACUAAACACAGGAGGUACAGAACUGUACCCGAUACAGGUACUCCUAGUUGGUACUUGCCCACCAGCGCAUACCGUAAGGUCAUUAAACAAGCAGGAGUGACAUCGACAGACGAUGUACCGCUUAGCUCUGUUUUUGAGCACCGCAAGUAUGUUAGGCCCUGUCGAGAUGUGGCUUACGGCACCGCCAACACCACGCGCUUUGACAUCACCUUUUCUGGCAAUGGAACUAACACAGGCACACUGAAUCUUGAGCUAGCUAAUUUGUUCACUCCACUGACGUCUGAGCACGGAAGCGUCGUCACCGAUGGAGAUGGCCAACCUAUGUGCUGGCUACGCGUUGUAGAAAGCGACGAACUGAUGAUCACAGGCUCGGCUGUCAUGCGAGCAGGAUAUUUUGUGUUUGACCUCGACAACGGCCAGGUGUCAUUGGCACAGGCCAACCUCGGAGCGAAUUCGUCAAAUGUGGUUCAAGUCGAAGCUGGUACGGGCUUGAGCAAAGCUGCGAGCGAUGUCAGAUCUGAGACUAAGAAGAUCAACGUCGAAGGUCAGAUGUCAGCUACAGCGGUGUACAAAUUGUCAACUGUCACCAGCAAUAUCGACUACGGCACAGGUGCAAAAUCUCACCCGGCCGCAACGGGUGCUGUUUCGCAGUGA